GUAAUAAUAAUACGAAGUGUUGUGGAUGUUUGGUGAAGAUUUUGCCAGGGACGUUUUGCGUAAGACGUUAAAUUGUGUUGAACUUUUGAAUUUGUGUUGCCCUCUCUAUGAAGAUAAAUGUGAUGGAAAGUUAGACCUACAGAAACCUUCCCUGAAGUUCUACCCCACUGUACCCUUAACGCGCAGGUGAUUAAUGUAUAAGAUUACGCAACCGGUGCUUCCAGGCGGUGCAAUAAACCAGAAAUCCACAAUCUGGACCACAUCAGAACGUCGUGUUUUAAUUAAAUCUGCAAAUAGAUGGCGCACAAACUGAGGCUGGUUCCGUAGUCAUCCCGACCAAAUAUCAGUGACCCAUAAACCUGACAUCUACUUAAAAUUUUAAAGGCAAUUGUGCUGGUAUGUCAUUUAGCUUCAUGUUGUCAUGGCAACGACGUACAUAACAACAGUGUGCACAGGGUAAAUAUGGCAAACCACGUUAGUUUUCCAUGUUUGGCAGGUAUCAUCUAUGAUUUCUUUUAUGUAUUCAUGUAUAUAACUUAGACAUUUAGUAGUGAUGUGCAGUACUGUUAACGGUUGUUAAACGAGACAAAUGUAGUUCACAUUUUGCCUACAUGGAUUUCUUCCUUGUAUCUCCUGAAAUGAGUGUUGAUGUAAAUGACAGCCAGAAGUAUGAAGAAAGUAGCCCUUACAGAGGCUUUGGUAGUGCUAACAGCUAUGUAAAUGCAAAAAGCAUGUACAGUGAUAUACGUGAAAGCAAUUUCCAUUAUACUGCGCUUGAUAUUGACAAACUUAGAAUUGGGGAUGAAGAAAUUCUACAAAAAGCAGUUUGUGGAAUUCAGGACCCGCACAGUAACACCAAGAGCCCAGGGGAAUUGUUAGCAUCGAAUAUAAGUUCACCAAAGCCAAGGAAGAGAUCAGUCAGUAGCAUAUCUAUGACCCCAAGAAGAAAUAAAUCACCAGAGGAAUCUGCAAAGAAAGGGUACUCAAGUUUUCAGCGCAGCUUAAAGCUACUUGGUCUACAACCAGAAGACUUCGGCAUUAACAAUAAAAUCAACAUUUCCGGUUCUCAUGCACCAUCUUACAGGGUGGGACCAACUUUUCAUACUCGUCUUACAAAACGAAGUUCCUCUCUUGAAAAUCUGAGGUCUGCAGCACUAAGUCAUAUGGCUGAUGGUCAAAGCACACCUGGAGAACACCUAGAUCGUAGAAUUCUAUCCAAUGCUGUUUAUGAAGAAUGGUAUUUCCAGAAGCUGGAGGAGGCACGCAGAAAAAAGAAGGCUCAAGAACUUAAUGACCAGAAGAAGGAAGAACACAUUGAAAAGGUUAAAGCAGAGCAAAAACAGAAAGCUGAAGAAAACUUCAAUGAAUGGAAACUGCUGAAAAACAAACAAAGACAACAAGGGAAGCAACAACAGGGACAAAAGAAGUUAGAAAAUAAAGCUGCAGAAGAUUUCAGGUUAACAGAUGGAACUAAAGUAAGACGAAACCAGGAGGAAGUGUUCCUUGUUUGGAAGAAAGAGAAAGAUAAACUACUCAGACAGAGAAAAUUAAAGCAAAAAAUUCAAAAGGAAACUGUGAAACCAGAUAAUGAUAAGAAUGCUGCUGCAGAAAUGACUUUCAAUUUAUGGAAAAAGCAGGCAGAUGAAACUCUGAAAGAAAAAGCACAAGAGGAAAAAAGGAGAAAGCAAGAAGAGGAAGAAGCAAAGAAAGAAAAAGAGAGAGUAAAACGUGAGAGUGCUGAGGCAUCAUUUUGUGCAUGGAAGAAGAAGAAAGAUUCUGAGCUCAAGAAGAAAAUGAUGGAAGACAGACUGGCAGAAGAGCAAAAGAAAAGUGCAAAGUUGAUCCGGGAAGCAGAACGCUUGUAUGAAGCAGAACAAGUUUUUCAGGAAUGGCUGGAUCAAGUGGAGGAGAGGCAAAGUAAACAAAUAGAUUAUGUGCAGAAGCAAAAGGAGAAAAAUCUACAUCAAUUUCCAUGGAACCCUGGAGGUUCUGUUCACUGGUAGAUUAUAUAGUUAUGUAUAUAGUGAGGAUAUUUAUACAAGAACCAUUGAGCCUUAUUGUAAGAAUGUUUCACUGUAAAUAAGUUGAUGUUUCACAGAAACUUUUGGAAUUUAUAAUUCAGUAUUUUUACAUAUUCUAUGGGGGCAUGUGGUAGCAUAGUUGAUUGAAGCACUAUGCUACAAGCCAGAAGGUCACGGGUUCGAGUCAUGA